AUGGGUUCACCAGCGUACGGUGAUGUAAUAUCCCGCGGAGACAGACCUCAGGCAGCAUACGAGUACGGACAGUCUAUGGGGAGUGUGUGGCGUACCUACACGGCGCCUCUCCAGCCUGCUGCCCUGUCUCGGAGCUCGGCUGUCGGUCGUCGAGCGCGCAAGGUUAAAGGCAUCCAACGCCCAACCGGCCCCGAACUGUUGGCCCUCGGGACCGGGCGGCCCGUGCGGUCGGUUGAGUUAGCAGCCCUUCGCCCCCGAGGGGCAAGUGCAGACUAUCGUGGACCGACCGAGGGGCCGCGUCACGGCGUCGUUGAUCCCAGGCUAAGCCCGGCAGAAAAGGCCACCAUUCAAAGCGUGAUGGAAGCGAGACACGCGGGGUUGACAGGUGCCAAUCCUGAACAUGGAUUCCGGGGGAUCUAG